AUGACUUGUAAAACACUAGCAACCAAUGGUAAUAAUAGUGUUAAUGCUCCAUUUUUAUUAAAUAAUCAUAAAGUAAUACAAUAUUUACGAAAUGCAGAACAUUGUUCAACAACUUUUGAUACUGAUAAUAAUUAUAAUGAUAAUCCAUUGAUGGGUCAACAUAAAAUAUCUUCACAUGGACAUGAUUUAUUCGAUGUAAACGAUACAUGUAAGAAUAAUAAUCAUAAUCAAUGUCAACAGCGUAUGCACUUUUGUUCAGAGAAUAGUUCAGAAUCAUCUACUAUUGAUACAUUAUCACGAUGUGAUUUCAGCUUUCAUUCUAGUUUGUCAGAUAAUAAUAGACGGUGUAGUACAUUUAGUUCAAAUACAUCGUCAUCCGGAAUAUGUAGUGCAUUUUCUGACGUUGGACAUGAAGAAAGUGCAUCAAUGUUNAUAACGGAGGCCGAUCGACAACUCUACUUGACAACGCCAAGUAUCGCCAAUAAUAAUGAUUGUCGACAACGUCGUCGCAUCGAUUUUGUACUUGUCUAUAGUCUUGGAGUUCGUGAUUCAGCAAUAAAUAAACAACGUCGACAAGCAUUUCAACAUAACCUUGAAUCAGUUGGUUUUGAAAUUGAAGAACAAGAUAUUGUUGGUGGAUUGGAAUCAAGACAUGAUGAUGUUAAUCAUGAAAAUAAUGAAAUAGCUGUUAAUGGUCUAUUUAAUCGUCAUCGUCGUAAAUCUGAACAACCACAACAACAAUCUGUUAAACGUUUUGUUCGACUUCAUGCAUCAUUUGAACUUCUACUCGAACUAGCCGAAAAAACACGAAUGAAAUUACCCAUUGAAGAAAAUCGUACACCAUGCAUUCCAAAAAGACCAUUUGAUUAUUUUAUGUCAUGGUUACCAUUUACACAAAUAGAUCGUACUAUGUUUCCACCUGAACAAUAUUAUUUUCUUGCUGAAUAUGAUAAAACAUUGAGAUAUCGAUUUGAACCAUUAUUUGAUACAUUACGUGGUAGUUCACGUGAUUUAUAUUUUACACCAGCUCAACGAAGUCGUCUUGUUUAUGAUUGUUUAUUACGUACACCAUUUGAUAUAAAAACAGAAAUUGAAGAACCAAAAAGUAUACAUGUUACAAGUGACGCAAAAGAAAGACGUGUCUUGGAAUUAGAAAAAAUUUUUACUGCAUUUUCAACAAGUUCAGGUAUUGAACUUCUUCUUCGUGAUCAAGUUUAUGAUGAUUGUUAUCCAUUACAUGCCCCAUUAUUAAAAAAUAUAGAACCACAUAUGAUUCCAUCUUGGAUAAUGACAAAAGGUGAACAUCGAAAUACCUUUGAUAGAAUGAAAUUAUGGUGGCAUUGGAGUCGUAUUAGUAAUGUAUUUAAAGAUCAACCAAUUAAUCAUAUAAAAGAUUAUUUUGGUGAACAUGUUGCAUUAUAUUUUUGUUGGUUACGAUGGUAUAUCCAAAUGUUAAUACUUCCUUGUUUAAUUGGUCUUUCAGUUUUUUUCUAUGGUCUUUGGGCGGUAAAACAUGAUGUACCCACUAAUGAUAUUUGUUAUAAUUUGGCACAUACACUUAUGUGUCCGAGAUCGCAUCGACAAUUAUGGACAUUAGGUGAAGAUUGUCUGUAUGCUAAAAUGGCAUUUUUAUUUAAUAAUAAAGCAACUGUUGGUUAUGCUGCUAUAAUAACUGUAUGGUCAGCUUUAUUUCUUCCAGCUUGGGAUGUUGCAGAAUAUCAAUUUCAAUAUGAAUGGGAUACAUUUGAUUUAAUAGAUGGUGGAAAUGGAGGAACUGAUUUAGAUGAACCACGACCAGAUUUUAAACGUAAAGUACGAACAACACGUGUUAAUCCAAUAACUGGUGUUGUAGAACAAUAUAUGCCAGCUAGAGAACGAUGUGCAAAAAGUGUAUCAUCAUUUUCUAUUGUUGCUAUGAUGAUCUGUCUUGUUCUAAGUUUUGUCUUCGGUGUUGUACUUUAUCGAAUAAGUAUCAAAGCAGCAAUAAGUUCAACUCGUACACCUGAACUUGUUCGUCGAUAUUCUCCACAUGUUGCUUCAAUAACUGGUGCAUGUAUUAAUCUUGUUGUUAUUAUUGCAUUGAGUUCCCUGUAUGAACGUUUAGCUAUAUGGUUAACAGAUUAUGAAAUUCAUCGGACAGAAAAAGAUUAUGAAAAUGCAUUAACAUUAAAAAUGUUUUUAUUUCAAUUUGUUAAUUUUUAUGCGAGUAUUUUUUAUAUAGCAUUUAUUAAACCAUGGUUUGCUAAUCCACCUGGUGUAGAAAGUUAUAAAAUUGGAAAAUAUAAAACUGAAGAAUGUGAAGCUAGUGGUUGUCUUGCUGAAUUAUCUAUUCAAUUAUUAGUUAUACUUGUAGGCAAACAAGUAAUUAAUAACUUAUUUGAAGUCGGCAUGGUAAAAUUUUGGACAUUUUUUCGUAAAAUACUUGUUCAUAGAAAUGCAUUUAAACAAAUGAGAUAUCGUCGUCAUCAUACACUUCAUUGGUAUAGUAAAAGACCACAAGAAGAUGAUUUUAUGUUAGAAAGAUGGACAACAACAACACUUUUCUAUGAAUAUCUUGAAUUAAUUAUUCAAUAUGGAUUUGUAACUAUGUUUCUUGUUGCUUUUCCACGUAAGUGUUGCGAUAAGAAACUAUCGAGAUUUAUUGAAUUUAUUUAUUAA